AUGAAUGCUCAGUCCUUCGCGACAAAACUUAUGAAAAAUACUGUGUUAGCAUCUCAAAUGGGCCGUCUUCGUGAUUGCAUCCAUUUUGAUGCUAAUGAAAUGUUUGCAAAUAUUCCAAUACCAAUCACAACUGGCAAAAAGGACAAAAUCCUCGAAUCAGAAAUUAAAUAUCAGCAGUAUCUCUCCAGAGAUCUUGUUACAAAUUUUAAUGCCUUAAAUAUUUUAGACAGCUUAGCACAAAUUGGCUCAAAUUCAGCCACUUCCGCCUUCGAGGAGUUUGCUGCUGAUCUCCCUGAGCUUGACAUCAAUAAGACUGAUGAAGUCGAAACAGAUUCUGGAGUAGAUUUGACUUUACGCUUUGACAAGGAAAAAUUCAAAGUCGAUAACAUGUAUCACAGGAUAGCAUUCAACGUAUACUUCAAUCAGGUAUUAUGCGCAUUCACAAAGAGACUUAUGCUCGCUUCUAAACUCUCAGGAGACGAUAAAAUGGAAGAAAUUAUUAAUCAAAUUCCUCAGCUUUUACAGAAAUAUUUAAACUCAUUAUCCGGACCAAUAUUUGCCUUUAAUGCCAAGCUUUGGUCUGAGCCAUUAUGCCUCCUUUCUAAAGUAAAUCUUCCUGCCGUGUUAAAUUCUAUGGAAAAGAACAUUCCAGAUCCAUCAACUGAUACACCACUUGCUCUUAUGACCAUGUUCAAUCUUUACUCUCAGGUAGUUAUAGAUAAAGGUGCUGAUGUUUCCAGAAUAAUCAACAUCUGCCAUAAAUACGAGAAACUCAUCAAGAAUACCAAACCAGAUGCUAUCCACCAUAAUGCAUCAAUCGAAUGGCUUAUGAACAUCUCCCUUGGAGUCUUUAUUCUCGAUCCUUCUCAAACAUCAUCUCAAUUUAUCUACGAUAUGUCAGAAAUCGCCAAGAAGUUCCAAGGAAACAACAAAAUGGCCGAUCCAUCCGAAGCAUUCCGCGCUCAUAUCUACGCUUUUUCGAAUCAUCCGAAGCUUCAUAAUCCACUUGACGAAUACUUCACGAAAUACAUCGGAAAAGAUCCGAAGUACUUUACAAUGGAAAACGCUCCAAUACAAUUACGUGCUAUCAGCGCUUUAAUUUGUGGAAAAUCGUAUUUCCCUCCAUUCAUCCGCCAAAUCCAACAUUCACAGUACGCUGAAUGCAAGAGCGCCAUGUCAGUAAAGAUUGCUUCAAUGGCUUUUCAAUUAAUUUUUGAUCAUCAAGAAUUAUUUGACAGUUGCCAGUUAACUCUUUCCGAAACAUUAACUUGCAUCGCUGCAGCUGAUUUCCAAGAUUUUGUUACUAAGAAAUUGAAGGAAUUAUUCCAUCCAGAUUUCUUGACUAAUAAUUGUUUCGCCGUUUUCGAUUGUCUUCAUCAGAUUAUCUCUCCUGCAUCUAGAUUCCAGGAUCUUACUCAAGCGAACAUCGGUCUCUUCUCGGAUCUUUUCAAUUUCGUAUCAUCUCAUAUUGAAACUAUCCUUGAGAAGAUUCCAACAAAGUCAGGCAACGUAGUUUAUAAAUCUAUUCCACUUUACGACUCUCUAACUCUCACUCCUGACUGGGAAAACGUAAUUUUACCACCCAAGGUCGACAAGAAGCUGGAACUCUGUUUGUACAACAUGAAAGACACCAACUUUGCCGUCCCAUUAAUCCUUCGAGCUCCGAUCAGAUUCUCUGCAAAAGAUACAAAACCUUGGACAUCUGUCCUUGCCAAAUUCUACGAGUCAUCUGUCUUCGAAUCGAUCACUGAUGUCAAGCUUAAUGUUGCUGAGCUUCCUCCGAACGAAUUGACUCAAGAAUUAUCUUGCAUUUCAUUAAUACCUUUCUUCAAGUCAGAAACAUUCAUCGAGAAGCUUGCUCUUCACAUCAACAUCGCCAAUCCUCAUAUUUCAUCCGCAUGCUUACGUACUUUACAGUCAAUUUUAAUUCAUAACCCACAAUCAGCAGAUUCCAUCAUCGGAGCCAUCAACAAUAAUCCAAUCUACAGUCUUGAAGACCUCUACAACAACAUCCAGGCCUUAACAAACGUCAUGUCCAUUAUUCAUAUUGCUAAAGCCGAAUUAAAGCAACAAAGUUUACUUUCCAUCUUCUCCGCCAUCAUUACCGGUCUCUGUACUCCAACUCCUGCCAUCAGGAUCCUUGCCAUGCAGCUUGCCCAAGAAGUUUCUUCGAUUGGCAAAGUUCAUCCGAACUUUUUAGCCUUUUUAGAUGAAAACUCCAGCAAGAUCUCCACAAAUCUCAAGCAUCUGAUUAUUACACACGGUAACUACUCCCAUAUUAACAUCACAAACGUUCCAGAGAUCACAUUCCAGUCAUUAAUUCCAACAGGAUACGAUUCCAUCUAUUCCUGCGCUCUUUCCAUUCUUGGACAAGUGAUGAGCGGCUCAAACAUCGCUGUAGAAGCCGAGCAAACUAUAUUAAAUAUAGUUUCAAACACAUCACAAAUCAAAUGUCCACUUUUCCUCAUAAACGUUUACAUUUUCGUGUCAGCUUUAUCGAAAGGAAACUCUGUUGCCACGAAAAUCAACGAGAUACACGAGUUAUUGUCCAAACCAGAAGGAUGCGAAGAUCAUUUACUCCCGUUCUUGGCUUUCUACACUUCAGGAUUCGGUGUUCCAAUCCUCAAGAAUUUGCAGCCAAACGGUCCUUUCAUGUCACAUGUCAUUUCCUUCACCUUCAGAAAUUUGAUAGAGUACGAUCAAAAAGCUGAAGAAACCGGUUUGACGAAAUUCGAUCACAUCAUUUCCUUGGCGUUAAAGAACCAAGCAUUUGACUCCACACCAACAUUCAAGAUCAAUGAGGAAUACUUGUCAAAUAACCAGCAUGUUAUUUAUGCAUUAUGUGACAUUGCUUAUUCCAUCAAGAAGAUUUACGAUGAUUUGUAUCAGAACAACAUUUCUGAAGCGAGAUCUGCAUUUCCAAGAAACACAGUUUACGGUGGAGAAAAACUGUCUUCUGAUGCAGCCAAUAGAUUAUUUGCUUGCUUAGUCAAUUGUUCAUCUGCUCCUGAUAAACUUCCUUUCCAGGAAUUGAGAACAAUCUGUAGAUCAGCUCUAACAGCCAUGAUAAGAGUUUACACAAUUCCUGAUUCACUUUUCAAUUCAUUGAAAGAUAACCUUAAUACUGUCAGUGAAAUUUCUUUCAGUGUAUUGACAAGUGUAUUGGGAUCCGCUUACAAUGUUAUGCUUCCUCUUUAUAUCGAGAGAUCCAUUGACAAUCCUAUCUUCUUCAAAGCGAUUUGCGCGCAGUUCAUGCCGAUUGACAAUGUCGAAAAAUUCAUUUUGAAGUGGAAAUCGAAUGUUUCGACAGAAUUCAAUGAUUCCGAGAAAGAUUUCAAUGAAACAACAAACGCAAACAUCGCUGGAUUGUUAACACUUUCUUUCUACAUGUUGACACACAGUGAAUCAACAAACAGAGCAUCAGCAAUUAACUUGUUAACUUGUGUUGCUUUGGGAGCUUUGUUUGUUUCAAAUGACCAAGAAUUGCAUGGAUUAUCUGCAUUAAUUCAUAGAAUUAAUACUUUCAUGCAAGGAAAUGUCACUUUACCUCCUGAAAUCAACUUAGAUGUCUUCAUGCAAAUCUCCGAAUUGCUUUCAAAGAAGUUAAGAUCAUCUACUGAAAUUGUUUUGUCUCAUGCAGCACAAAUCAUCAAGAAGAAACCAAAUGAAUGCAAUGUUUUCAUUUCAAUCAUGACACCAUGGUUGAAAGGAUUAGUUUUCAACAGGGAUUGUGCAGGAAUUGUUCCUGAAAUAACUGAUGAAAAACUCAUAAGAUUCACUGGUUUCUCGUUCUUGAAAUCCUUCGUCAAGAACAUUAUUUAUCUUACUCUUUGCAACGGACAUUUCAAGUUCAUUGACCAAAUAUUGGAGUCAAAAUGCGAAGAAAUGGACAUCCAUCAGUAUUUCUUCAUUUGUCUCUAUUCCAUCCAACAAAACGAUCAAUCAUUGUCUGAUAACAUUAUGGCAGUAAUUGAUUAUUUGUUCAAUAAAGAUCCUAUGAAAGUUAUCGAACACAUUUCCAAGUUCUUUACUUUCAGAUCAUGGUUCUAUUAUCAGAUCCAGUUGUUGAGAAUGGAUAUACAGUUCGAUAUGGACAGAUUCAUGGAAAAUAUCGCACACACGAACCAGAAUUCCAAUGAAGAUUCAGAAGAAGAUGUUUCCGACAUCGAUUUGUUCCAAGUCGUAAUUACUUUCUCUUCGAAACUCGUCAUGAGAUUAUUCAGAGAAAAACCGGAAUCAAUCAAACCAUAUUUAGGGCCAAUCAUCAUUUUCUGUCUUUUGUAUUCCGACCAAUUCGAAGGAGCUCCUAAAGAAUUACUCGGAACAAUUCUUUCAAAGAACAGUUUUGAUUUGGAUAUAAAGAAUAUGGCAACAACAAUCAUCUCUUCCAAUAAAACUGCUCUUAAGACAACACCUGAUAAAUUCUCCAGCCAAUUAAGAUUAUUAAGUAAAGUCACUGAUAUCGAUCUAGACUUAAUCUUAGUUGCCAUCGAUUUCAUUUAUUCCCUUCCAGCUGAAAGCGUCAAAGAUUUCGCCACAGAAUGCUUGAGAUGGGGAACAACAUGUGGUGAAAUAAAGACAGCACACAGAGCAAUUAUUUUGUAUGGAAUAACUGCUUCACACGCAAAUGAUGAUAUCAUUGACAUUUUAUUGCGAACAUUGUAUAUUUUCAUCAGUGUUUUGGCGGAAAGAACAGCUCCUGGCUGGAAAUCAAAGAAACAACAAGUUCUUGCAACAAUCAUGGAAAAGGAAUUUGAUGCUUCUUUGGCUUAUUCAUACAUCGCUGAUUUAGUUGAUGUAAUUACAAAGAUUUCUUGUAAUUUAACUGUUCCUUCUCAAAAGGCAUUUCUUUCUGUAAUACAACUGUUGAAAGUGCAAAGAGAAGAACACCUCGAUAUCUUCAUGGCUGUUAUUAAUCAUUUAAGUGAAUGUUUGUCUAACAAACAAUUCACUGAUUCCCUUCAAAACGAAAAUGAUUAUUUGCAGUUGAUUUUGACUCCUUACCAUUCAACGCAGUCAUUAAAGGGAUCCGUGAAUUUCAUGGUCAGAUUGCCAUCAAUGAAUGGAUUGAAGUGCAUCUCGAACUUGAAGAUGGAAUGCCUUCUUUUGGCCGUUCUUCCUUAUUUGUUCACUUUCAGACAUGACAGGAAUUACGCGGAACACGUUGAAUCAUUCAGACAAAACGUUGAUUCUCAGCUUUCUGACAUGUUACAGAGAAUGGCAAAUGAAGGAGAUGAUGUUCUCGACGGAUUGGUUAAAACAAUCCUUAAGAUCAUUGACGACCAAACAUUCUUAUUGUCUGUUUUGAACUUCUACACAACAGCUCUUCAAAAGGAUUCAGAUGUAGCAGUUGCAAUUUACAAGAUUGUUACAAUAAUGUUGAAGAUGACACCUCUUCCUAUAACUAUCGAUAGAUUCGGAGGUAUCGGUGAUGUCGCUGCUUCUGUAACUGAUCCUUUGAUUUCUGUUUACGCCAUUGAAUUCUUGAAACUCUUGCAAGCACAAGGAGGCGGAGUAAUGAAGAAGAUCGUGUCAAGAGGUAUCAAACAAUUCCCAUCAAUCGACUUGCCAGUGAAAGCAGACCAAUGGAAGUUCAAUGAGGAAAUCGAUCCAUUCGAUGAUAUCAAGGAAUUACCUCCACUCGCAAUCAUUGAUAUCGAAUACUACGGUUGCGAAUUCCUUCAGCCAAUACAAGAAACACUUCCAAUCAUCAAAGUUGCUCCAUUCACGUUUUGGGCCAAUGCAACAUUCAAGGCAGAAAACAUGCACGUACAAGAGAAGAUGCUGCUUGAACUUGAUGCUGUCAAGGUCAAUGAACCAGAGAAGUUCUUCAACAAACUCGAAAAAGCUCUUGUAAAUGAUGAUGAAAGUGAUGACGAAGAUUUACAAGGAAAGAAAUCAACCGAUGCCAGAUCAAAGAAGAAGAAUUUCGCUCAGGAAGACCAAGAAGACGAUGAGGAAGAAACCAAACUCACUUACCAGGCAUUCUUACCUUCAAACAAUGAAAUCAAUGCUUUGGGUUCUGACAUCUUAUCUGGAAUAGAAUUCCCAAGCUUCCUUUGA